UUUUGAAACCCCACCCUCCGGCACAGCGGCUGCAAGCAGCGACGUUGGAGUGGUCCGAGGUGCUGGCAGCUGAAGGCUGACCGAGGAAGAGGAACGGAGUAAGAAGUUCUCACGGAACAGUUCCGCAGUCUGGACAACCGUCGUUAUGAAGCGGAGCCCCGAAGAGACCCGGACUCGGCGCUGAACUCCCAACAAGAACUAAAGUUAACGGGAAUAGUUUGUUUUUCUAUCUUUCGGUUCCCCCCCCCCCCUCCUCAGGACUGAAAAGCCAAGCAGGUUUGGAGAACUCUUCCUGUUCCCAGAGUCGGCGGCUCGCAGUUUGUGUAUGAGCGCCUUCAUAACACAGCCAGCAUGGAUGUUGUGGCGCACGGGAAUGCGGGAUUUCCUGAGCGGUCACCGCAGUGUUGCGUUCAGGUGCACUUUCUGGGUCCUCGGGCUUAAAUAAUGAACAGUUGUCAGCGCUUGAAACUGGUCGUAAAACACUGGCUGGCUGGACUGAAUGCUCCUUUUCCUGCUAUUCUUCUCCUCCUCUCAGCGCUUCCUGCUUAUGGUGGCCACUGCUCUUAACGGCUAAAAAUACAUAAAAACCCAAUAUGGACUAUCAAGUGUGUGGGAAAUGUUGAUUUGGACUCUUGUCUGUAAGCGGGAUAAUUCCUGAACAUUAAUUUUGAACUUUGACUAUUCGGACUUGCUGCUCAACAGGUGGUUGUUCUGAGUGAGGAGGGGAAAGGAGGACAAAUUCAGUCAUAAUGAGUUGAUUCCAGAGUCUUUUAAACACAGGAUGAUGAGAUGAUAAUCUACUCAAACCAUGUGCGGGGAAACCACACACCACAUCAAUCUUUCAGAGAGUUAAUCACUGCUGUCGUUUAGAGAUUUGAUAAAUGCUACGAAAAGCAAACCGUCUGAGGACUGCCAAAAUGGAAAGAUUUGAGUUUAAUCCCAGAACAAAUGGAAGACAUUUGGCUUUCAUUUGUCCCUGAAUCCUCUUGCGUAGCCCACCUGUUGGUCUGACUUUUGAACACACCUCAUUGGUCCCUGAUGAGACAACAACAAAGACAGGAAAGGGAGCAAGGUGCAAUAAAGUACUCCUUUGUACUUUAUUUUCAGACCCCUGGAGUGCGCAGUCGAAUCCAGUCAGGCAAUAUAGUGGAGGUUCCAUGGAGCCGCUGAAGAGCAUAUUCAGUCGUAGCUCGCUGUCGAACUGGAAGAACUUGGAUCAGUCCCAAAAAGGGAACUUCACCAACCCUGUAUGGACGGCCUUGUUCGACUAUGAGGCCUCCUGUAAAGAUGAGCUAACCUUGCGUAAAGGUGACCUGGUGGAGGUUCUCUCUCAGGACUCUGAGAUAUCUGGGGAUGAGGGUUGGUGGGCAGGUAAGGUCAACAACAAGGUGGGCAUCUUCCCAUCCAACUACGGCUCCUUCAAGCCUAGUGGAUAUGCCAAGCUACCAGGUACCAGCGUGGUGGAGGAGCUAAACCAUGCCGUGGUUGGCACCGUCGAUCCCGCGGAGGUGGAUUUCCGGGAGCUGAGCUUGGAGGAGGUGAUUGGGGUUGGGGGCUUCGGGAAAGUGUAUCGAGGUACAUGGAGGGGCGAGCUGGUGGCUGUGAAGGCGGCCCGGCAAGACCCGGACGAGGACAUCAGCGUGACGGCGCAGAAUGUGAAGCAGGAAGCCCAUUUGUUUGCCAUGCUCACCCACCAGAACAUCAUUGCCCUGAAGGGGGUGUGCUUGCAGGAGCCCAACCUAUGCCUCAUUAUGGAAUAUGCCUCGGGUGGGCCACUGAGCCGGGCACUGGCCGGCCGCCGCAUCCCGCCUCACGUCCUGGUCAACUGGGCCGUGCAGAUAGCAAGAGGAAUGGUGUACCUGCACAAUGAAGCCAUCGUCCCUGUCAUCCACCGGGAUCUCAAGUCCAACAACAUCCUGCUGGCUCAGCCAAUAGAGAAUGAAUGCAUGGAGGGGCUGACGUUGAAGAUCACUGACUUUGGCCUGGCGAGGGAGUGGCACAAGACCACAAAGAUGAGCACGGCCGGAACCUACGCCUGGAUGGCCCCGGAGGUCAUCAAGUCCUCGACCUUCUCCAAGGGCAGCGAUGUUUGGAGCUACGGUGUCCUGCUGUGGGAGCUGCUAACUGGGGAGGCCCCCUACAAAGGGAUCGAUGGUCUUGCCGUCGCCUACGGAGUCGCCGUCAACAAGCUGACCCUGCCCAUCCCUUCCACCUGCCCCGAACCCUUCGCUCAGCUCAUGUCAGAAUGCUGGGACCAGGACAUUCACCGACGGCCCGACUUCGCCUCCAUCCUGACGCAGCUGACCACCCUGGAGCAGCAGGUGAAGGAGGAGAUGCCGCAGGAGUCGUUUCACUCGCUGCAGGAUGACUGGAAGCUGGAGAUCCAGGACAUGUUUGAUGAGCUGCGGGCCAAAGAGAAGGAGCUGCGGUGCCGCGAAGAGGAGCUGAAGCGAGCGGCCCUGGAGCAGAAGUCCCACGAAGAGUUCCUGCGGCAGCGCGAGCAGCAGCUGGCCCAGUGGGAGCAGGACGUGUUCGAGCGCGAGCUCAGCCUCCUCAUCCUCCACCUGAACCAGAACCAGGAGAAACCAAACGUCAAGAAGCGCAAGGGCACCUUCAAGAAGCACAAGCUCAAGAGCAAGAACGGCGAGAAGAUCAGCAUGCCACAAGACUUCAUCCAUAAAAUUACAGUGCAGGCAUCCCCAGGCCUGGAAAAGAGGCGGAACUCUCCAGAUUUGGGUUCGGGCUCCUCGCCGUCCUUCGGCCCACGGUUUCGUGCAAUCCAACUCAGUCCCAGCGACAGCAGGGCGUUUUGUCUGACCCCGGUCCGGUCAUUAGAGACCCCGUCUCACAAGCAGUCCAACGGAGACCUGAGGCUGAACCCACCCUGGAGGCCCCAGAGCCCAAAGAGUCCCAAAAGCCCCAAGGUUCUGCGGCUCAGUCCCCAGGAAAGCAGUUUAUCGAUGAGGGCCAAGCUCCUGGGGUCAGACAGCAACGAGAACGGAGACGCCAUGGACGACUUCGAGGAGUACUGCCCCCCCACGCCGACCUUGGCCUCCACUCAGAACGGCUCCUUGUCAAAGGACAGCCUCCGCCUUCCCCCCUCCCAGGGAGACUCUGGCAGCGAGGAGGGGGGCUACUCCCCGGCCGGCUCCCCCAUGCCCGAGAGGGGGUUCCUCGGCGGCGCUGUCAAGACUACGCACCGAGUAUUGCUAGGCUGUGGCUCCCUCUUGUCCUCCGUGGCGCUGGGUCGGGGCUUGGACUUCCCCCCCAGGGUUCCCCCUCGAACUAACCCCCCAGCCUCAGAGGAACGCUCCUCCUUCGAGCUGGAGAUCUCCUCCCCCAGGCCGCUCAUAACCGACCCCCCCGUGGUGGACGACCUCAUCACCUUCUCCACGUCUGAGCCGCUCCCCAAGCCGCUGCUGGAUUUAGCCCUGCAGUACCAGGAGCUAAAGCCGUUGCCCCUGACGCCGCCACCGCCCAACCCUCGCGAAAGGUCCGGCCCCCGGACGCCGCAGACGCACCACAGCAGCCCUCCGAGUCCGGGGACCCCACUGCAGCAGGACGGCGCUGUCCCGGCGGACUGGACCGCUAGUUCUGGUUCCAGCAACGGAGAGCUGAGCAGCGAGGCCUCGGAGAACCGACCCGACCGCAGGAGGAGGUCCAGCUACACCUCCCAGCUGGUUUUAGAUCUCCCCCUAUGCCAAGACACACUGGACUUUGAGGACAAGACCUCCGUACCCUACGCUCUCCACCCCAACCCAGCGCUAUGGAGCCCCAAAACCCGCCGUCUAGAGGUCAGCGUCAUCCCCCGACCACGCCCGUCUCCCAUCCGGCCCCGCAUCGACCCUUGGAGCUUCAUCUCGGCGGGUGGCGCCAUCUCAGCAGGCGGCCGCAGCUCCAUCCGCUCAGACAGCCACGCCCUGGGCUACCAGCCCUCGCCCACCAACCCCUUCACCAGCUGCGACCCUUUCCCCUCUCCAGACUGCGACCCCUUUGCCCUCAAGGCGGACCCUUCCAGCAGCUCCGACGGUGCGCCACCCUUCGACCCGUUCUCCACUCCGUUCCCGACCUCCCGAUCCGCCCCGUGCUCCACCAACGGCUCGCCCACUCUGCCCUCGUUCCGCAUCGCACCCAUCAACCCGGCGGACCCGGCCUUCAUGGACCUGGGUUGGGCGGCCUGCGGCAAGCCUCUGGACGUGACCAAAGAGAGAGCCCACCCCCGCAGGACGCUGGGGCUCAAGCCCUUCAAGUCGCCAACGCAACUCAGAGACGAUCGCUUCUGAAUCCAAAUCUCUUUCCCAGUCGUGGAUUAUAUGGAAUGCAUCCCAGCAAUACCUAAGCGAGGUUGAGCCCGCCCCCAACUCCUUCAAAUUGAUUGUAAUUGGUGUCAAACAUUUGUGCUACGUUUGUGCAGCUCAAAUUUUAAUUGAUGUUAAUAAAUGUUUCUGGAGGUCAUCAAAGGUCAAUCAGCCAUUCCAGAUUUACAAAAUCAAACCAAAUACGGUGUCUCAAACCAUUUGUGCUCCCUUGUGCAGCACAAAUUUUUGUUAGUGCCGCUAUAAUUUUAAAGAUUUUUUUUUUUAAAGUUUCUGAAGAUCGACCUGCCCCUACCACCUACACACUAACAAAAUCUAACUGUACUGACAUAAAUGAAAUGUGCUAUGUGUUUGUGCAGCUAAAAUUUUAGUAGCACCAAAUUUGACAGAAUCUUUUUGAUAUUGUAAGUGUGAGGGCAGGAGCCGGGGGAACCUUUAAAUGACCUCAGAAAGUAUCUGGAAACAUUUGCCGUUAAUUCGGUGGGAGACGUCUGGUGACCUAGAAAUCUUAAAAAUCAUAGCAGCACAAACAGAAAUUAAUGCCGCACAAAUGGAACCCAGUCGAUUGAAACCAUUAUGUUGUUUGAUUUUGUAAAUGUGGAGUAGCUGGUCGACUUUGUUGGCCUCUGGAAACAUUUAGUUAUAUCCUUAAAAUGAUGCCGGCACAAAUGAAGAUUUUUGCAGCACAAACGUUUGACACCAAUUUUGUUUCAUUUGAAGAAGGUGGCGGUUGCUGGGCAACUUCAAUCAGGUGCCAGUGCAAUUCAGUCCAGGACCAUUUUCACUACUGUGUUUUUUUUUUUUGUUUUUUUGUUUAGGUUUUUUUUUUUUUUUUUUUUUUUGUUGGGACGAAAACUUGGAACCUUUCAAAUUAAAAUCCCACUGAGGGUAGCAGUUCUUCUGAGGGAAGUAGUUCUUCUUUCUACCCCAGCCUGGUGCUUUGGAGAGCAGAAAGCCAGGGGAAAAGGUGAUACAAUGGAUUGUGGGAUAUCUUCCUGUGAACCAACGGCUGGUGCCAAUUUCAUUUUCCUUUGUUAUUUUUCUUCCCCGG